AUGGACUUCGCACUCCAGGAGUUCUGCGGCCGCUUGGGCAGGCUGACUGCAGAGGCUGACCGACUGAGGGACGAGCGCGGGAGGCUUGAGGCACGCAAGGCGGCGAUUGACGAAAGGCUCGCAGAGGUUGAUGCAGCAUCCAGGGACCUAGCGAGCUCGUACGGUGCUUCUGGGCCACGCAAUCAGACCAUCUUACCACAUCAAGGCGACCGGACAUUCACAGCUGCCCCGACACCAGCAGACACCACUCGGUUCUCUACACCAUCUAAGGACGUCGAAAACACAGAGCCAGAUGGGGAUAACAACAUCAUUGUUGCCUCGCCCAAGCCGAAAGGCACGCUGGUCGCGUCUUCUAAAAUGAUACCAGGCCGUCACCCGAUUCUGCACGAGCUUUACCCUACCAUUGUCAAUCUCGACGGGAUAUGGACCGAGAUCUGGUGCGGCCGGUGCUCGCUAAACUGGAACACAAGAAGUCAAACCUACUUUCACGGCGUCGACGGUCUACACAAUCACUGGAUGCAGGCACACAAAAGCGAGCUCCAUGACAGUUCGCUCAAAGCCUGCCUCAAAGAAGCUGGACGCCGCUCCGUCUCCGAUAUCGAUGGCACGAAGAUGAAACUGGGCGAAGCCCCAGUCGACGUACUAAUCAAGCCUCGCGGACUCGACACUUCCUCCAACCGCGUUCAUGCCAGGAAGAGCAUCAUGCAGCAGGCUGAGUCGCCGCCGCAGGUUGUCACGUUGCAUGACACUAGCAGUUCGAAGAGUGCUGCCAAAAAGAUCACGGAGUAUGAGGUCUUCCAAAACUUGGCGGCGGAGGCGGAGGCCUCUGCUACGCCGAAGGCGAAGAGGCAGCGUACGAGCGCGGGACGUCCAUCCUACUUCAAUGGCGGAAGGACGAUGAGUUUGUGA